CUGCGCAAUGGGUGCCAGGUCCGCUGUUUCUCAGUCGGUUCGUUAUUGUGUUUUUUGUUUCGGAAUGGGAGGCUCGGGGGCAAGGGCUUUUUCGCCUAUCUUUCCUUCCCAUAGCUUCCCCGUCAAUGAGCCCUAAAAGCUGCUGCUGCUGCUGCGGAGCUAAAUAGUUACUGAUUUAGCUCUAGGAUGUACGCUCUUCCACUAGAAGCCCUUCGGAGUGACUGAGGCAAUUAGAAAACAGCGGAAUGGAAAGCAAGUGCUGUGGUCAUCCCAUGUUAUGCUCCUUGUCAACAAUGUAUACGUUCUUGCUAGGGGCCAUAUUCAUUGCUUUAAGCUCAAGUCGCAUCCUAUUGGUAAAAUAUUCAACCAAUGAAGAUAACAAAUAUGAUUAUCUUCCAACUACUGUGAAUGUCUGCUCAGAACUGGUGAAGCUAGUUUUCUGUGUGCUUGUGUCAUUCUGGGUUAUAAAAAAAGAAGAUCAUCAAAGUAGAAACUUGAAAUGUGCUUCCUGGAGGGAAUUCUCUAAUUUCAUGAAGUGGUCCAUUCCAGCCUUUCUUUAUUUCCUGGAUAAUUUGAUUGUCUUCUAUGUCCUUUCCUAUCUUCAGCCUGCCAUGGCUGUUAUCUUCUCAAAUUUUAGCAUUAUAACAACAGCUCUUCUAUUCAGGAUAGUGCUGAAGAGGCAUCUAAACUGGAUACAGUGGGCUUCCCUCCUGAUUCUAUUUUUGUCUAUCGUGUCCCUCACUGCUGGGACCGAAACUUCACAGCAUAACCUGGCAGGACAUGGAUUUCAUCACGAUGCCUUAUUCAACCCAUCGAAUUCCUGCCUGCUUUUCAGAAGUCAGUGCCCUAGAAAAGACAAUUGCACAGCCAAGGAGUGGACUUUUUCUGAAGCUAAGUGGAACACCACAGCCAGGGUUUUCAGCCACAUCCGUCUUGGCUUGGGCCAUGUACUUAUUAUAGCCCAGUGUUUUACGUCUUCAAUGGCCAAUAUCUAUAACGAAAAGAUACUGAAGGAAGGGAACCAGCUCACUGAAAGCAUCUUCAUACAGAACAGCAAACUCUAUUUCUUUGGCAUUCUUUUUAAUGGGCUGACUCUGGGCCUUCAGAGCAGUAACCGUGAUCAGAUUAAGAACUGCGGGUUUUUUUAUGGCCACAAUGUGUUUUCAGUGGCCCUUAUUUUUGUAACUGCAUUGCAGGGCCUCUCAGUGGCUUUUAUUCUGAAGUUCUUGGAUAACAUGUUCCAUGUCUUGAUGGCCCAGGUCACCACAGUCAUCAUCACAACAGUGUCUGUCCUGGUCUUUGACUUCAGGCCCUCCCUGGAGUUCUUCUUAGAAGCCCCAUCAGUUCUUCUCUCCAUAUUUAUAUAUAAUGCCAGCAAGCCAAAAAAUCUGGAAUAUAUACCCAGGCAAGAAAGGACCCGAGAUCUAAGUGGCCGUCUCUGGGAGCGCUCCAGUGGGGAUGGAGAAGAACUGGAAAGACUUACCAAACCCAAGAGUGCCAUUGAGUCAGAUGAAGAUACUUUCUAAUUGGUACCCAAAUAGUUGGCAGACCUCACAAUCUUAUUUUCACAUUUCCAGCAUGUGUAAUAUUUCUCUGUUCACUUUGAUGAACGAAGAACAUUUCCAAAGCAUAAUACUCUUAGCAUAUAUCUAACUACUCUCUGAACAGUUCUAGCCAAGGCUUAGCGUACUCAAAGGCUAAAAAGGUCUAAGGAACUGAUGUAGGAGUAAUAGUAAGGAGACUGCAUUAAUGGCCCGGUACUUGAUAAGUCAACAAGAUAUAUUCACAAAUUAUUUUCCCUGUCAUCCAAGGUUCCAGAAACUUUGUAGUAAUCAUGUUAGCUGUGCUCAAUAAAUAUACAAAUACAGAUCA